CUGCUUGGAGUUUUCCGUACAUAUUGCAAGUCUCGACUUACAGCAUACGUAUCUGCAUUUGGGUUCUGAAGAAACGAGAUGAGAUUUUUUCCUAUUUUCUGCAACCUCGAUUUUGUUUGUAAAUCAUUCUAAUUUGGACAUCACAUUCGGAGAUAAUUGUUUUGUUUCGGCUGAGUAAUGGAUAGUACUGAGAGCAACCAGAGGAAGCACAAGGCGCUGAAGUUCUUGCUCAUUGUCGUUGUUAGUGCCAUCUAUACUGUGUUUGUUGGCUUUAGUGUAUAUCGUUCGAGGAGUAGAGGCUUUUUCAACUUUGACAACGCAACUACCAAUGACGCGAUCCUCGACUACAGAUUGGAGAUCAACCCAUCCCCUUGGACGUUCUAUGUCGUUUGGGGCUGUAUAUAUCUUUGGCAGUUUCUCUGGCUGGGUUACUCACUUGCCACCCUCUGUCGAUCUACUGAUUAUGGAUAUCUUUAUGUGCGGCCCAAUGUACUUCCCGUUGGUAUCUUCAUCUGCUUUCCUUUGAUGAAUGCUUGCAGUAUACUAUGGAGCUUCCUCUAUCGGAGUUUGUAUAUCCCACAAGCGUGCGCAGUGCUUGCUCUGAUGGCGUUCCUUCUUUACAUUUGCGUAUUUUUCUCAGUGCGAGCCCUUGACAAACACGGAUGGAAGUUAGUAAAGCAGCAAAAAGGAGCCGAUAUUUGGAUGAUCCGUAUCUUCUUUCAUAAUGGACUGGGCAUGUAUGCAACGUGGUGUACAAUUGCAACGCUAUUGAAUUUGGCGACAGCUCUGGUGUUUUGGGCUGAUCUUCCCAACGAAGCGGCAUGUACCAUUUCGUUGGCGAUACUCGCCAGUGAAUUGCUGGUGUGGUUCGUCGUUGACAUCACCGCACUGGAUAAGUACACGAGAUAUCUGCUGACACCGUAUAUCGUUGCCGUGUUCGCACUUUGUGGAAUCAUCGUCCAAAACUGGAAUCCAUUUACGCUCAAUUUUAUCUUCAAUGCCGUACUUCUAGGAGUUGCAACUGUCUUCCUUUUGGUGAAGUUCCUGAUUGCUUUGGUCAAAUGUAGAAGAGACCCAUUGGAUUACAAAAACACAGGGGCGUCCAAAAGUGAAACAUCUUAUUACUGGAGGAAUCUGACUUAUUCUGAUACGUAGAUCGGACUCAAGCUUUCCCUCGAAUAACAUAUACAACAAUGGUAACGGGACGUUUUGAAGAGUU